AUGUUCGAUCAGGCCACGACGAUGGGCGAUGGGAACCACCGCUGUGGACCCAACCCGCUGUGUCCGGACCGGAUGGAGACAAAGUGCCGCGCCGAGAUAGGGAGCCGGUCCCCGGUUCAGAGCACCACGGACACCCCGGGGACGUCAGCGUCCACCCCGACGUCCUCCAGCGAAGACGGGCACGACAAACUAUUGGGAGUGGACCCUGACUACUGCCGGAGGAUCCUAGUGAGAGACGCCAAAGGCACCAUCCGGGAGAUCGUCCUGCCGAAGGGCCUCGACCUGGACCGGCCCAAGCGCACGCGCACCUCCUUCACGGCGGAGCAGCUGUACCGGCUCGAGCUCGAGUUCCAGCGGUGCCAGUACGUCGUGGGCCGCGAGCGCACCGAACUCGCGAGGCAGCUUAAUCUCUCCGAGACACAGGUCAAGGUCUGGUUCCAGAACCGCCGGACCAAACAGAAGAAGGACACCACCAAGGAUUCGGACAAGCGCUCCUCCUCCUCAAACGAGUCGUUGGCCACCUGCAACAUCCUGCGCCUCCUGGAGCAGGGCCGCCUCCUCUCGGGCCCCAUCCCGCCCAACUCCCUCCUGGGGCCUCCGCAUCUCAACGGCUCCCUGCUGAGCAGCCCGGGCGGAGGCUCCUCCACCUCUCCGGGGAUCAGCGGCGGCACUCCUCCCAACUCCCUACCGGGGGGGACUUUCGGGCUGUCGCUGCCCUCGCUGGGCAGCACCCCGCCCUCACCGCGGCUGGGCAUCCCGCCGCCGCACUCCCUGUGCUUCUCCAUGCCGCUGCUGGGGGGCGCUCAUCACGAACUGACGUCCGCCUACGGCUGCGGUUCUUCAGCGUUUGAGCCGUACAUGCGGCUGGACAGGAAGGAGUCCGAUCUGGGGGGGAAGAAGACGGUUUCCUAAGUAACGUGACUGGGACUCCUCAGAAGUGGGGGAAAAAAGGAAGAGACCGGGUUCCUUGUGGCACCAUUUUGUGCCACAGAACUGUUGGAAACACAAAAUGGUGAAAAAAAGAAACGCGUGAAUUUUUGCAACAAAAAAAAAGGCCGUGUGUGGUUUUUUUGCGUGAAACCUGACAGACCGAUGUUUUUAAUCACCACUCUCUUCGCAGUGGUUUCAAGUGACUCUUCACUUUUUUUGUCCAGUGAGUUUGUGUGUGUGUGUGUGUUUGUGUGUGUGUGUG